UAGUUAGCGUAAGUGUCCCAAGAGCCUGGGCUGUAUUGGCGUGGCAGCUGUAAAGGGGUGGGUCUUAAGCAUCGGACAGGAAAGGAACGGAAAGGAAAGGAAAGCAAAGCGAAGACAACUGACAGUAAAAGCGAAUAAACGUGAUGGCUGCAAUCCGUAAGAAGCUAGUAAUAGUUGGGGAUGGUGCUUGUGGGAAGACCUGUCUACUAAUAGUCUUCAGCAAAGACCAAUUUCCUGAAGUCUACGUUCCAACGGUCUUUGAAAACUAUGUUGCAGAUAUUGAAGUGGAUGGUAAACAGGUAGAGCUGGCUUUGUGGGACACUGCUGGACAAGAAGAUUAUGAUAGACUACGGCCUCUUUCUUAUCCCGAUACUGAUGUUAUUCUCAUGUGUUUCUCUAUAGAUAGCCCUGAUAGCUUAGAGAAUAUUCCUGAGAAAUGGACUCCUGAGGUUAAGCAUUUUUGUCCCAAUGUGCCCAUUAUACUUGUGGGAAACAAGAAAGAUCUCAGAAAUGACGAACAUACACGCCGUGAGCUUGCCAAAAUGAAACAGGAACCAGUGAAGCCUGAAGAGGGUCGGGAUAUGGCUAACAGAAUAAAUGCUUUUGGCUAUUUGGAAUGUUCUGCCAAGACGAAGGAUGGAGUACGAGAGGUGUUUGAGAUGGCUACAAGAGCUGCUUUACAAGCCAAGAAAGGUCGUAAGAAGAAUGCUUGCAGCUUGUUGUAGAGAGGAGGAUUAAAAAAACAGGCCAAUGAAAAUGUACCAGCAUUCCUUUUUUGUCUGCUCUAUCCAUCACUUUACAACUCUAGAAUUGUAGCACUAUACAGGAUCUUGCUCUGAAAUGCUCUGUUUUUGGGAUGCAGUGAAACUGACAUAAUCUGUUGGAUGUAGAAAUUCUAAAAUGAAUACCAGAGGUGGUUCUAUGCCUUUUAAAAUUUCUCCAAAACUAAAUGCUUUUAAAUGUCUUUUUUUCUAUGCUUCCUUCCCAUUUUUGGUGCAUCUUGUUUAAAAGGUAUAGUGUUUAUCUGAAAUGAAAUUCCAAGAAACUAAAAAAAAAAUCCACUGAAUUAUGCAAUGGGAAAAAUACAAAGAAAUUUGAAAUUGUUUAUCUUAAGCACGUUAAACAACAAUAAUAUAACUUGAUGUCUCAUUUAGUAUGUUUAGGAAUCACUUUUUUUUCCUAUUUUUACAUAGCACUUUUCUCAAACUAUAUCAAAGUGUAGGUAGGUUCUCAUUUUGCACUUAAACGUAUAUUAAAUUAUACUAAGGUGCUGGGUGUAUUUCCAUUAUGUCCUGAGAAAUCUGUGUAUACUGGGACAGAUCUAUACCACCAAGAAAUGGUGCUUUGUUUUAAAAGGACAUUUCAAAUACAUUCCCAAUUAAGCACUCCUACAAUAAGGGUAAAAUAUUUAUACAAUAAAUAUCAGCCAUUUUAUAGAAAAGAAAAAAUGUCAUAUUUUCAUUGCUUCUAGAGCAAACAUGUAUAACGUAUAUGAAAACUAGCAAUUUUCAGUGUAACUGGUCAGUUUUAUUUUUGUAGUUAGAUUAAAACUAAUAAAACCAUUGAUCAAUACAUAUUGCUCAUUUUGUAGACAAUCAGUUUUUUUUUUUCCUGAUGUCAAUAUAUGUUUUGUCAUACUCUGAAACUUUACCUUUAACCAGGGCUGGAAUUCUACUUGCUUAUACUCCGUUAAUAGUCCUCUUCUACAUUGGUAUUUGUCAUGAAAACAAAUGAACGUCUGGGUCUCUUUUUAAAUUUUUGUGCAAAAGUAAAAUACUUUUAUACACAUGCAUCCUGAACUUUUGUGUUUUGAAGCAGCUUAAAUUAAAAAGGUGUAUGUGUGUGUGUGUGUGUAUAUACAGGUGCUGGUCUUAAAAUUAGAAUAUGACAAAGUUGAUUUAUUUCAGUAAUUCCAUUCAAAAAGUGAAACUUGUAUAUUAGAUUCAUUCAUUACACACAGACUGAUGUAUUUCAAAUGUUUAUUUCUUUUAAUGUUGAUGAUUAUAACUGACAACUAAUGAAAGUUCCAAAUUUAGUAUCUUGGAAAAUUAGAAUAUCAAUUAAGACCAAUGCAAAAAAAGGAUUUUUAGAAAUGUUGGCCAACUGAAAGGUAUGAACAUGAAAAGUACGAGCAUGUACAGCAUUCAAUAUUUAGUUGUGGCUCCUUUGGCCUGGAUUACUGCAGCAAUGCGGCGUGGCAUGGAGUCGAUCAGUCUGUGGCACUGCUCAGGUGUUAUGAGAGCCCAUGUUGCUCUGAUAGUGGCCUUCAGCUCUUCUGAAUUGUUGGGUCUGGCGUAUUUCAUCUUCCUCUUCACAAUACCCCAUAGAUUUUCUAUGGGGUUAAGGUCAGGCGAGUUUGCUGACCAAUCAAGAACAGGGAUACCAUGGUCCUUAAACCAGGUACUGGUAGCUUUGGCACUGUGUGCAGGUGCCAGGUCCUGUUGGAAAAUGAAAUCUGCAUCUCCAUAAAGUUCGUCAGCAGCAGGAAGCAUGAAGUGCUCUAAAACUUCCUGGUAGACGGCUGCGUUGACCUUGGAUCUCAGAAAACACAAUGGACCAACACCAGCAGAUGACAUGGCACCCCAAACCAUCACUGACUGUGGAAACUUUACACUGGACCUCACGCAACAUGGAUUCUGUGCCUCUCCUCUCUUCCUCCAGACUCAGGGACCUUGAUUUCCAAAGGAAAUGCAAAAUUUACUUUCAUCAGAGAACAUAACUUUGGACCACUCAGCAGCAGCCCAGUCCUUUUUGUCUUUAACCCAGGCGAAACGCUUCUGACGCUGUCUCUUGUUCAAGAGUGGCUUGACACAAGGAAUGCGACAGCUGAAACCCAUGUCUUGCAUACGUCUGUGCGUGGUGGUUCUUGAAGCACUGACUUCAGCUGCAGUCCACUCUUUGUGAAUCUCCCCCACAUUUUUGAAUGGGUUUUGUUUCACAAUCCUCUCCAGGGUGCGGUUAUCCCUAUUGCUUGUACACUUUUUUCUACCACAUCUUGUCCUUCCCUUUGUCUCUCUAUUAAUGUGCUUGGACACAGAGCUCUGUGAACAGCCAGCCUCUUUAGCAAUGACCUUUUGUGUCUUGCCCUCCUUGUGCAAGGUGUCAAUGGUCGUCUUUUGGACAACUGUCAAGUCAGCAGUCUUCCCCAUGAUUGUGUAGCCUACAGAACUAGACUGAGAGACCAUUUAAAGGCAGAGUGUGGCACCAGGUGUCUUCAAUAUUGAACCUUUUCACAAUAUUCUAAUUUUCCAAGAUACUGAAUUUGGGACUUUCAUUAGUUGUCAGUUAUAAUCAUCAACAUUAAAAGAAAUAAACAUUUGAAAAGCAUCAUUCUGUGUGUAAUGAAUGAAUCUAAUAUACAAGUUUCACUUUUUGAAUGGAAUUACUGAAAUAAAUCAACUUUGUCAUGAUAUUCUAAUUUUAUGACCAGCACUUGUGUGUGUGUGUGUGUAUAUAUAUAUAUAUAUAUAUAUAUAUAUAUAUAUAUAUAUAUAUAUAUAUAUAUAUAUGUAUGUAUAUAUAUAUAUAUAUGUAUAUAUAUAUAUGUAUAUAUAUAAAGCUAGAUAGCUGGGUUAUAAAAAAAAAUGAUUUAUACAGUAUUUUGUUAAAAUAAUGCAGCAUUUGUGUGUAUUUACAUUGCUAUAUACCUUAAGCAGCAUUAUUAUGUGCAGUCUAUAGUUCUGUAUCCUGUGUGACAAGUGCAGGAAUCCAAAUGUUUUCAAGAAAAAGUUUGAGUGCUGCUUUUAAAAAUUGACAUACUGCAUGCAUGUGUUGCACAUCACACUAAUAUAUUGAGAGGUUUACACCUAAUGUGUUUUUUUUUUCUCUUUUUCCAGUGAAACACAAAAAAUGUUUGUGUGACCAUGGUUGUUCAAUUUAUGUGAUUUAUCUUAAAGGCAUAUUUUAAGAGUAUAUCAUAGAAAUUCAGAAUAAAGAUCUGAACUUUUGAAAUGGCCAUUUUUUCCCACCAACCAAUCAUUAUAUUUAUUUUGAGGUAUUGAGGUGGUGGUGGAAACAAAUAAAAUUAGUAUUAUAUAAAGAGUGAAUUUUAACUUGCAGUACCUAGUGUAUUCUCUGCACAUGUCCUCAAUUAGUCUAAAUGCAGCUUUAAAAGUAUGAAUUGUGAUUUUGAAACAUUUGGAAAUUUUUGUGACAGGAUUAAUAGCUACUUCAGUUACAAAAAAUAAUUAUUUUUAUUAUGAAUACUUUUGUGUAAUAUACUGUAGCGACUGCACAUUUCAAUUAUGAAUGAAGUGUCCAAAACCUUUUUAAUAUUGGUAAAAGUCUUUAAUGGGGCAUUUUUUUUCAAUAUUUUUUAAAUGCAAGAAUAUUAUUUUUUUAAGGAGCUGAUCUAUAUUGGGGAUGGCUACAAAACAUGAAUAUGCUAUUCCUUCAUACUAAAUGUAACUCUGAAAUUUAUGAUGCCACCGACUAUUUAGUUACUUUAAUUCCUAAAUAUUUAAUGGUUCAUAAUAUUUAAGGGGGAAAAAAAACCUUCUGUAAACACAAGUAACAGUUAACUGUACUGUUAGGACAACUGUAAAGGAACCGAGCAAUUGCAUAAAAGUAAAAAAAACCUUAAGUGUUGGGUGGAAGCCUUUCUCUCAAUCAAUUUUUAUGUCUAAUAUAUUUAAAAUUUGCAUUAUAUUGCUUUGCUACCUUUUAAAUGUAUUCUGGUAUAAUGGAAGACUUUGUACCUCCUGGAUUUCCACACAAAAGUAAAGGGUAUCAGUGGCUGAAUUAAAUAUAGCAUAAGAUUUAUCCAGGAUGCUAGAUGUUUAUUUUUCUGAAUGCGCAGAAUGUAACUCUGCCUAUGUGAUCAUAUGAUUAAUAAUAAAAGGUUUAACUUGGAAAUACAUGGAUAAGAAAGUACACAAUUUAUGUAUUUUUUGCGUACCUUAUAACACCCAAACUGUUAUACAUAUUUCUGUUAGUGUAAUUUUUGUUCUGCUGUUGUGUCAUGAGAUUAGCAGGUUGCAGGUUAUUUAUAGUAUUCUACAUUGUACUGUAACAGCUAACUCUGCCAAAGGAAGUUUCUCUAUUCAUACCUGGGUGUCAAUUUGUUUAAAGUGUAAUGCGAAGGCAGAUUGAUGUCUUUACAUUGUGAUAUUUUAGCAGAAUUUAUUGUUAUUUCAAAAUACACUGAACACACAAUUGUAGGGUCAUUGUGAUUUUUUUUUUUUUUUUUUUAAGGAAUAAGAUUCCUGCUUAUGUUCAUAUUGGUUUUGAGCUGAAAAAGAUGUACACUAAUUGGAUUUUUUUAUUAUUCAACACAUUUUUUUCUUGGACUGUUGUGAUAUAACUACUGAGAAAAAUAUUAUGUGCUACUUGUAAUGCUUCAACAUCUGCCCUUCUGUUUACAGAGAACAGUGUGUUUAUAGUAAUGAUUCAAUAAAUCGUUUUAUUGCUUCUGUCUUGUCUGAAACUUAUUAAUUUUUGUAGCUGAUGUGGGCAUUUGCUUAAUAAAUAUUCAGCAAUGCUUUUAA